CCGGUAUAAAGCUGCGCGGCGCGUGUCCGACGCACAAGCGGAGAAGACGUCUUUCGCGACAGGGCAGGAUUUUUUUCUGAGUUCGGCGGACUUAAACGCCUUAAACGAACACUUUCUUCAACAUCUGAUUGUUCCGAGAAGGGAUUUAUCGAUUUGACAUCGUUGCGCAUAAUAAAGUAACGAUGCCAGCUGACAACAUGGAGAAGCAGACGGGGUCCCCGAUGGCCGGUGCCCCUGCGAACGGAUCACACACGCCGGACAAGCCCAAAAAUGCCAGCGAGCAUAGAAAGUCAUCCAAGCCCAUCAUGGAAAAAAGACGCAGGGCGCGAAUAAACGAAAGCCUCGGUCAGCUCAAGACGCUCAUCCUGGACGCACUAAAGAAAGACAGCUCCAGACACUCUAAAUUGGAGAAGGCGGACAUCCUGGAGAUGACAGUGAAGCACUUGAGGAACCUACAGCGUGUCCAGAUGAGUGCAGCCGCGCUCUCCCCCGACGCCACCGUGCUGAGCAAGUACAGAGCCGGAUUCAACGAGUGCAUGAACGAGGUCACGCGCUUUUUGUCCGCCUCGGAGGGGGUGAACGUGGAGGUGAGGUCGAGGCUGCUCACUCACCUGUCCGGCUGCAUGAGUCAGAUGAUGGCGAUCAACUGCCCGCAGCAGGCCCUGACCCAGCAAGCUCACGUCGGCCAGCCGCUGCACAUCCAGCUGCCCUCCACCCUGCCCGUCACCCCCGGCGCCGGCGUGGCCUCCAAACUCAGCCCGGCCGAGGCCGCUUCCCCCAAGGUGUUCGGCGGCUUCCAGCUCGUGCCCGCAUCCGACGGACAGUUCGCUUUCUUGAUCCCCAACCCGGCCUUUGCGGCGGCCGCAGCCCCGGUCAUCCCACUGUACGCAAACGCGGGGCUGCCCGUGGCUGUCAACAGGCCCUCGGCACCCACCGCGGCGUCCCCGGUCCACGGCAUGACCUCCUUCUCUGCGGGGUCGCAGGCGGUCAGCCCGGUGGGAGUGAGCCCCGGUCUGGACGGCGGCGAGGCGGUGUGGCGGCCAUGGUAGCGCCUCACUUGCCACCGAAAGCCAGUGUGGGAACGCAAACACGGAAAUGCGGGACUGCCGCUGUUAAACGUUUGACCUCCGGCUGUUACGAGGAUCUAACCUGUGAAUUUUCUGUUACGCCACCCUCAAAAAGUUCACGUGGCUGUUCUUUUUGUUUCGUUUUAUGGAACAGAAGCCUUAGAUAGGACAUUAUGAUUUAUGACCCGUUCCAACAAUUGGAUUUUGGUGAUAAAUAACUUGUACAUGCAGAUGUGUUGAUAUAUAGGAUUUUUGCUAUGAAGUACUUUUUAUAAAAAGGUUUAGUUUUGUACAGUUCUUAUUGAUUGCUACACCAAAGCUGUUUUUUAUAUUGAUUUUGUUUUGUUUGUUUGUUUACUAAAGACAAAAAAACUGGUGUUCUCCCAGUGUUUGAAUAAAUAAUAUUGAAACAUGCA